CCAAAGGAAGAUCCAGGCGUGCAAUGCAUUUCUUUUUUUUCUUCUUAUAUAUAAUAGCAAUAUCCUGGUAGGAAGUAGUUGUAAAACAAGAAUUAUGUGACAUCAAUUUAUUUUAAGUCUUUCUGAGCUUUCUGGAUUCUUUGAUAAUAGAUAUAUUUGGUCCGAUUCUUUUCAUUGGGAUUUCACUUGCAUUUGCUAUUCCUACAGAGUUAUCAUCUUUGACCAGUUGUUAUUGUCUUAUAUUUGGAUGAAAAUGGAUUACAAUGGUGAAACAGAGAAUACUUCAGUACAAAUGUUAUCCCAGAAGAGGCUUUGGGGAAAAGUUGCACUUAUAACAGGUGGUGCGAGAGGAAUAGGAGCAGCAACAGCAAGAGUUUUUGCUGAAAAUGGAGCUCAUGUUGUCAUUGCAGAUAUACUGAGUGAACUGGGUGCAAGUCUAGCUGAAUCUAUUGGAGGUCGCUAUGUUCAGUGUGAUGUUUCCAAAGAAGAAGAAGUGGAAUCAGCUGUGAAACUUGCAGUGGAAUGGAAAGGUAGAUUAGAUAUCGUGUUCAACAAUGCUGGAAUAGCAGGCUUUGGAGGGAGCAUUACCAACAUCAAAAUAGAUCAGAUGAUGGCACUCCUUGCUAUAAAUCUUAAUGGGGUUGUACAUGGGAUCAAGCAUGCUGCACGGACAAUGAUAGCAGGCAAACAUGGAGGCUCGAUCAUAUGUUCAUCAAGUUCGGCUGCUAUCGUGGGCGGACUGGCAUCUCAUUCCUACACAAUGUCGAAAGAGGCAAUCCUAGGACUUGCCAGGAGCACAGCUUGUGAGUUGGGCAUUCACGGGAUUCGAGUUAAUUGUAUUUCUCCUCAUGGUGUCCCUUCCGAGAUGCUUGUAAGUGAAUUUAAAAAGUUUCUUGGUAACAUGGAGCUGAGGCCUGAUGAAGUGAGUUCGAUUGUGGGUGAAAGAGGGAGUCUUCUACGUGGGAGAGGUGGAAGAUUUGAAGAUGUGGCACAAGCUGUGCUUUUUCUAGCCAGUGAUGAAUCUGGUUUUGUGACUGGCCACAAUCUGGUUAUUGAUGGGGGUUUCACUUCUGCUUGUAAUCAAAUGAGUUAUAUAUACAAGGAUUGAAGACAGAUACGAGGUAGUUCGUCUGCUGCUAAUUUCUAAAUGACCAUUUAGUGAACAUCCUUGUUUCAAGAAAUUAUUGUGUAUGGACAACUAGAGUGUUACGCAACUUCUGUUAUACAUCUAUGGAAUAACAUUCUGCUUGAUAAGUUGAAUACUCUGGGAUGGAAGGUCCCCGAAGUUUUACCGUUUAGUCA